AUGGUCAUAUUAACUCUAAAAGACAGUGAUGAUCACUUGAAGUUGAAUAUGAAAUUGAUUUUAUCUCAUCCGAUCGCAAACUCAAGUCCUGGAAACAUGACCAACGCAACAUCAAAAUCUCGCGUCGAUGUGCUUAUGAUCGGUUCCGGUGAAUACACCACCGGUUAUGUGCAUGGUGCAGCAAGUAAAUCGGAUAAGAGCAAAGGAGUUGUGGCAUUAACACUGAUUGAUCUUCGCCGUCGAGAAAAAACGGGUCGUUUGGGUAUUUGUGGAACGAACGGCAAGAAAUUCCCCGAAAUACGAAAAUAUAUGCAGCAAGCAAUUGGCGAAGCGUAUAAAGAUAUGGAUUUGACUAUGGACUGGUGGCCAGGUGAUGAUACAGUUGAUAGCAAAGCAUAUAUUCAAGCUCUUGAUGCGUUUAAACCGGGUGACGCUUGCGUUAUUUUCACUCCUGAUGAUACACAUUUUGAUAUGGCCUUAGAAGCUAUUCGACGUGGUAUUCAUGUUAUGAUUACAAAACCAGCAGUGAAAACAUUAGCUGAACAUCGGCAGUUAUAUGAAGAGGCGAAAAAGAAGAAUGUUCUUGUCACAAUCGAAGUCCAUAAACGUUUCGAUCCUAUGUAUUCCGAUGCUCGAGAUCGCAUCCGUGAAAGUCUUGGCGAUUUUUCAUAUUUCUAUUCAUUUAUGUCUCAACCCAAAUUCCAACUGGAUACAUUUCGAUCAUGGGCUGGAAUAUCUUCGGAUAUAUCCUAUUAUCUCAACAGCCAUCAUAUCGAUUUUCAUAUGUGGUCAUUAUAUGGUCGAGCGCGUCCAGUGCGUAUCAGCGCCAUGGGUUCAACAGGCGUGGCUAAAUCGCAAUACAACAUCGACACAGAAGACAUCAUCACUCUGACUGUGCAAUGGAUAAAUUUAUCAUCGAAAACAAUCGGUACAGCUGUGUAUACAUCAUCAUGGAUAAGUGCGAAAUCGGAUACACAUACACAACAGAAGUUCUUCUACGUUGGUCAUCAUGGAGAAGUCAACAUCGAUCAAGCACAUCGAGGAUAUACACUCGCAUCGGAUACAAAUGGAUAUUUAAGUAUCAACCCAUUGUACAUGAAAUUGGUUCCAACUGAUGGUUACUUCUCUGGACAACUUGGCUAUGGUUAUCGAAGCUUCGAAGCAUUCAUCGACGCAGUUGCUGAUUUGAAUGACAAGAGAAUUGAAAUUGAUACAUGUGAUAGAAAAUUGCCAACAAUUGGCACAACACUGCAAGAAACAGCUAUAUUAGAAGCAGGUCGUAUUAGUUUAGAUAACCAAUCUGCAAUGGUUGAGAUCAUCUAUGAGAAUGAAACAUCGGUGAUUCCAACUGAAUUGAAGCUCCUCAAAUGA